UGCCAAGUUCGACGACGAUUUCUCGGCGGCUACCUUGAGUGAGAAGAGCAUCACGCCUGUCAAUUCUCCUACCCCACAGAGAUAUACAAGUCCACGACCACAGAGGAAACAGAUAGAGGCACACAAGUCACCUUUUACAGAUGAUUUUAGUUCUGUUAGUAUUUCCUCCAAACAAACCUCUGGACGCCAGGAGAGAACCGAGUCAGAAACCUCAUUUGCCAGUUUUGAUGAUAAUUUUGUGCCUCCUGCAGAAGGAGAUAAAUACUCAAACUACCAAGACUUUACAGGCAGUGGGCGAGUAUCAAGGCAAGACUCACAGAGAAAGUCACCAUUUGUAGAUAAUUUCAUUGACUCCAAAGGAAAAGAUCAGAUUGAGGAUAGUGGAUUCACCUCAGGCUUUGGAGAUAGCACAGACACCUUCGAUGACCCUUUCACCAGUGUGGAGCCAAAAUCAAGGAGUGCAUCCAGAGGAAGUUCGGAGAUGAUGAAAGUUUCAAUGGAAAGAGAAACCACUCUCCAGCCACCAGUUGACACGACAGUUACCAAAAGAAAAAGUCCAUUUGAUGAUGACUUUACUAAUCGUGGUGAUCGUUACGAGGUGUUAAAGGAGGUUGAAAGUGAAAGAGAACCGUCUCUAGAAGGGGAAGUGAGUCGGCUGACAAGACAGGGAGAUGCAAGGGGAUCUCCCUUUGAGGACUCUUGGCAUGGAUCUCAGAGAAAUACGCCUUUUGAUGAUCAAAAAUCCAUCGGUUCACUACAUUCCAUUCAUGAAGAGCAUCGAAACAUUCCACAAGAGUCUCCAUUUGAGGAUGACUUCAACGGUGACUCGAGGAAGGCUUCAGUAGACCAUGGAAGGCUUUCUCGGACAGGCUCAGAGAACAGAAAAUCUCCAUUUGGCGACAGUUUUACUCCACCUUCCUCAGGACGUGCUCACAGGAACAGAAUCCCAUCGCGCCUGAGUGUUGAAAGUGAGGGAAGUGAUGUUAGACAUUCCCCAUUUGAGGACAACUUCAGUUCAAUCAUAGGCAGUGUUGCUGAAGAGGUGACAUUUGAUGCAUUCCCCAGCUUGCCACAGGACACAUCUGUAACAAGUGAGGCUGAGGAAGUGGAUCCCUUUAGUGUGAAACUGAACAAGCCACCAUCAAAGUCCCCUGAGGGUGAUUCAGAGAUGCACUUUGCAGACUUCGAGCAUGCAUUCCAGCAGAAUGAGGGGGAGGAUGCCAAGCAGAGCCAUGAGGAGCCAGCUGAAAGCACACCAGCCAAGACUAAGACACCACAGCCAGGCGAGGAGGUGGGUGAAGAGGAUAUAUUCCCUGAUGAUGAGAUGGAGUUCAAGAUCUCGGCACGUUAUGUCACACCCACACCUGACAUGAAGAAGUCAGACUCCAUUAACAUAUUCCGCCGGAACAGCGACCCCUUUGCUGAUGAUUUCUUUUGUAGUGAGGGUGAGGGCAGCAAUGCACCAGGCCCAGUAAAGCCAGAGGACGACCCAUUUUGGGAAAAACCCUUUGAUAAUUUUUCCUUUCCUGUGGAUCAGUAAUAUAGAAACUCAUUACUGAUAUGUUAAUGCUCAGAAUAUAUUAUUAAUACUCUUGAAGUAAAUAGCAGUUUGGAAUAUUGAAUUUAAUGUAUUAAAAGGGUAUAUGAAAAUGAUAAAUUGUAUUAUUUUGGGGGUCAAAUGUCACAUAUUGUAUCAUGUCACAAACAUAUUCACAAGACUUUUUGAUUAUUUUUUAUUAGAUUGACGAUGAAUUAGUGUAUAUAAAAGUCAGACAUCUUACCAAUGAUAUUGCCAUAUGUAGACUUAAUUUUCAUUGUACAAUUCCUCACAAUUCAUUUGUAUUUCUGCAAUUAAAUCUUCAUACACUCAAAAUGUAUAUGUGGCAAGUGUAUGCAAAUGCUUUGGAGUAGAAAAUUAUAUUUUUUUCUGUUUAACCAAUCUGUGAUCUAUAUCUGCUUGUGUUCAUCAUAAAUUUUAUUUUGUAUUUUUCAUUUGAAUUUUAACUUUGUUUUCUACAAUACCAAUACUCAUUGAGUAAUAUUCUAUGACGAAUUCUCUCUCGUUCUUACUCAAAAUGCAAUUUUUUCACAGGAAAAGUAAAUCAUAUUUUUAUUGGAACUGUAGUGCAAUCACUAUUUAUUUUGUAGAAUAUGUUAAUGUAUGUACUAGAUAUGUGUGUAUAUAUAUUUUUUUGACUCGUAUUCUUUUGUUGGUUUGAGAAAAUCACAUGACUGGAAGUAGUGUAGUAGAGAAGCUAUAGACACAAGAUAAUGCUGACUAUCAGAAACAGCGCUGGAAAUGUUUGAACGUUUUUUUCAUAUUUUUAGAUUUUAUUUAUUUUCCCCCCCUUUUUUGCGGCUUGUUUGUAUUUGCAGAUGUUGCAUCAUUGGCUGUGUCAGCCAGAUAUGUCCUGCACACUGGCCAGUUGUUGGAGAGAGCAAGAAAAAGAAAGAAAAAAACCCACCGAAUACAAUACUAUCCCCGUCAAGGAGGGUGUCCGAUAUUGUAGAUCAAGUUUCAUUCUUUGUCUCGAUCAAUAUUUUCCUGAUUGAUGAAGAACUCAGAUACUCUUGAUUAAUAUCUCAAAUUCACUGAUUAUCCUUUUUUUAAGAAUUACUUCUCCGUAUUUAUGAUUUACUCGUACUGAUUUCGCCAAGUUCUGAAUCUGAACGGUGUUGUCUUUUUCUUAUUCUGUGAAAUAUAGCAUCUUGCACUUUCAGAGUAAUACAGUAUUAUAGUCCUCAUAGCUACUCAUUUCCCCUUGAACUGUCAGUGAAAGUAGUCUGCCUUUAUUUCUCGUUUUCUUUUCUUUUUAUACAAGAUGCCAUAUGAUUGAUGACAUGCUACAUGUUUGUCUUAAAUGAAGACAUGUCCUUAGGUCACACACGUUGAUAUUUAUUGAUAUUUUAGAUGGUCUUCGAUCAAGUCACAAUGUUGAGUGAACUGUUGUUUUUCAUUGCCAUAACAGAGGGAGAUUUCCAAAAGUAUUUACUGAAUAGAAGUGAUGUUCAAGUAAUAUAUUCUUUUAUUGAUGUGACUAUCUUAACAUUUUCUUAUGUUUUCCUAAGAAGAAAGAUUUCACUAAGAUUGUUCUCUACACAGUGCUAUCACGUUAAUUGCACAGAUCAGAAAUGAUGUUGGUAAUAUUUACUCAAGCAUGUGAAGGAUAUGAUAAGUUCAAUCUUUUUAUUCAUGACAAUGAAAUAUAUAAAUAUGUCUUUUUUUUAGAGAUGACCUCUUUCUUUAAAAGAGUAAAAAGAGUAUUUUAAGAGCCUAAAUUUCACAAAAUUUAAAGUUCAGAUAAGAUCACAGACAAAAAUGGUAAUAAAGAAUGAAAAUAAGCAAACGCUUUCAAGACUACAGAAAAGCAGCCUUGUCACAAAUUACAAAAUAAGAAAAUGUACUGACUUCGCAAAUUUUCCUCUCUUCUUGCGCUCUUACUCAAGUCCCGUUCAAAGCUUUGUGUCUUUUUUUAUUUGCUUGAAUGAUGAUAUGAAGUUACACUUCUACUGCGCCAUCAGAGAAAAAAAAAAAAUUACCUACCUGAAUAAAUAUAAAACAAAAAGUUAAUUAAAAGAGAGAGAAAACCAUUUACACAGCAGUCAACCUUGAACUGUGUUAGCAUCUGGUAGUAGGUGAGCCAGACCGCUGCGUCUCGGCCCUAACUAUAGUUGUUAAGUGUAUUCAAAACUGUAAACCCAAACUGCUCAGGCUUCAGAUACUCUUUGCUCCUCUCUCUUGGGCAUAUGCUAAUCGCGAGGAGUUCAUUUUUAUAACCAUGUCUGAAGAUAGAUUAUUAAUUUAUUAUAUAGUUUCUGUACAAAUAUUGUAACUCAAGUAAUAGUAAUAACAAUAACAAAUU